AUGCGUUGCUGUUUAUGUGGGAGUGAGAGUAUGUUUGAUACUUCUAUGUGUUAUGAAUGCACUGUAAGAGAACUGCCUAAAUUAAGCAUAGAUACGACCAGGGAAGUAGACCGGUGUGGUACGUGCAUGCGGUACAGCGUACCACCGAGUGGGUGGACUACGCUCAGAUUUGAAGGACCGGAGAUGCUUGCGUAUUUAUUAAAGAAAGUCCCAGAACUAGCAAGAAUGAAGCUUGUAGAUGCGUACUUCAUCCAUUCAGAGGAGCAUUCAAAAAGGGUCCGUAUGAGGAUAAGCAUUGACCGGACGGGUGAGUUAAAUAUGUGCUCAGUGGAGUAUUCGCAGGAACUAGAAAUUAUGUGGGUCAUUAAAGGGAAGCACUGUUUAGACUGUGCUAGGGCUGCUUCGAAUCAAACCUGGAACUGUGUGGUGCAGUUACGGCAGAAGUCCGAGUUGAAGCAGACCCUGCUCCUGUUAGAGCAGUCCAUAUUAAAAGCAGGUCUUCAUGAGGAGUGCACGGACAUAAAGGGAGAGCAGGACGGGAUUGACUUUUUUUAUAUGUCACGGACGGCCUGUUUAAAACUAGUCCGGUUCAUUGAGGAGAGUGUCCCUACAAAAGUGAAGUCUUCUGAGCAAUUAGUCAAGUUAGACAAGAAGUCCAAUAACAGCCGGUAUAAGUUUGCAUAUUCUGUUGAGAUCCCUGCACUUAACCUUAAUGAUUUAUUGUACGUGCCUGUCCCACUGUGUAAGAAACUGUCACUGACUGAGAUGUGCAUUGUAUUACGUAUAUCUAAGUCUGUUCUACUAGCGGACAGCAAGGGGCAAGUGAAGGACUUAAGCAGGAUAGAUUAUUUCAAGUACAGUAAGUCAAUAAGAGUACUUGGAUCAUCAAAAGCACAGAGCAAGUUUGAAGUAGUUGAAGUAGAUGGGUACCACAAGCCCAGUAAGAGUACUCAGACCACCCAGGGACACACAAGGAGUAAUAAUAGCAGUGGUAUAAACAAUGACCAGGGACACACAAGGAGUAAUAGUGGUAUAAGCAAUAUAAGUACUAGUAGUGGUAUAAGUAGUACUAGUGGUAUAAGCAGUAUAAGCAAUGACCAGGGACAUACAAGCAGUGGUACUCGUGGUAUACAUUUGAAUUUCGGUAGGAAUAUGGUUUAUGAUGUAUUAUUAUUAAAGAGUGAUGGUGAGUUAGUUAAUACAAAGACAUUAGUAAAGGGAUUAGUACCAGGUGAUUCUGUUGUAGGGUAUGACUUAAUGAACUUAAAUACUAAUUUAGAUAUAGAGGGAUCUAUUGUACUAUUAAAGAAAGAAUCGGAAAUCACCAGUAAAUGGAAGAUAAAAAGGAUUUGUGGUGGUUAUCAGACGGAAAGUACUUCUGCUAUGAUAAUAGAUGCUGUAAGGAAUGAUCCUUCAUUAUUAAAGACAGUAAAUAUAUACGAUGAGAACAACCAGUUAAUUAAAGGUAUAAAACAUCUUACACUAUAA